UCCCACUCAGAGUCUGAUAUAUUCUUAUCAACCUGGACUUCGAUUGGUGUACAGUGCAACGCACGCGUCGCUCGCUCUCAGCCGACCUCUCGUCGCCUCGGAGCCCCUCAGUAUUCGCCCAACAGCGUCCAGACAAAGUCGGUCUCGCGAUCCUCCAGUUGGCUUCAUAUUCUCGUCACAUCGAACUACGAACAGUCUUGAGUGCAUCAUGGCAUCUGUGUGCAUCAUCGGCUCCGGCAAUUGGGGAUCGGCUAUCGCAAAGAUAGUCGGCGCGAACGCGGCGAGUCAGAGCAAAUUCGUCGAUCGUGUCACUAUGUAUGUUUAUGAAGAGAUUAUUGACGGGAAAAAGCUCACAGAAAUUAUCAACGAGACCCACGAGAACGUCAAGUAUCUUCCCGGACACAAAAUUCCUAAGAAUGUGAUCGCAGUACCCGACGUGGUAGAGGCUGCGAAGGACGCGGACAUACUUAUUUUCGUAGUGCCGCAUCAAUUCAUCCGAAGGAUAUGCAGUACGUUGCAAGAAAAAAUCAAACCCACCGCUGUUGGCCUUUCCUUGAUCAAGGGUUUCGACAAAAAGCAAGGAGGUGGUAUCGAGCUUAUCUCUCACAUAAUUUCGAGACAACUACAGAUUCCCGUUUCAGUUUUGAUGGGCGCCAACUUGGCUUCCGAGGUGGCCGAAGAGAUGUUCUGCGAAACUACUAUUGGAUGCAAGGACAAAGCAAUGGCACCAAUACUCCGUGACCUGAUUCAAACUUCAUAUUUCAGGGUGGUGGUUGUCGAGGACGUAGAUUCCGUGGAAUGUUGCGGAGCGUUGAAAAAUAUAGUUGCUUGCGGCGCCGGUUUUGUCGACGGAUUAAGUCUAGGUGAUAACACGAAGGCCGCGGUAAUCAGACUAGGUCUUAUGGAAAUGAUCAAGUUCGUUGAUGUAUUCUUUCCGGGCGGAAAACUGGCGACUUUCUUCGAAAGUUGCGGCGUGGCAGAUCUGAUUACAACGUGUUACGGUGGACGUAAUAGGAAAGUUUCGGAAGCUUUUGUCAAAAGCGGCAAAUCUAUCGAGACACUGGAGAAGGAAAUGCUAAAUGGACAGAAGCUGCAGGGUCCAUUUACUGCAGAGGAGGUGAACUACAUGCUGAAGUCAAGAAACAUGGAAAAUAGGUUUCCGCUAUUCACGGCGAUUCACCGGAUUUGCGUUGGUGAACUAAAACCGACGAAUUUAAUCGACUGCAUACGCAGCCAUCCGGAACACAUGAACGAAGACGCUUCGCCGUCGUCGUCAUCGUCGAUAAAGCUGAAGACACCCAUAAGCCACCUGUGAAGUAUCAACCUGGUAUUAAUCAUCUGCAGAAGAUUCGUCGCCGUUUGAACGUUAUGAUUCGUUCGAAAACGCAACGUUGAGAGAUGCCUAUCAAACUCGAUUGUCAAGUCAUAGCGUCGUUGUCUGAUUGACGUUAAUUGAUUUUUGACAGAAUGCCAUCAGUCGGUGUAUUUCUGAUAUAUUGAUAUGCGGCAAUUAUUUCGUUCUGUUCUUUUUGUAUCGUCUGGAAGAAUACUAUUUGAUCAGAUGAGCACAUUUUUUCGUCGAAAGCUUGAAGAAUGUCACAUCGAGUAACAUAAUGUAAUAUGUACGAAGUAAACAGAUUGAAGAGACUCGUCAAGGUGGUCGGUGCAUCCUGAGGAUGCUCGGCACAGCUGUGAUAGUUAAUUGACUGUCCAAGUCAUAACAUAAAUAAUUUCGUUCUUUUUAAUUACUGGUAGCUCUAAUCUAUAUUUGUGUAUAGCAAAACUUUAUUUACGUUUUACUAACAAUAACUGGGUUGCUUGUCAAUAGUUAAAUUUUUUAGAAGAAAUUGUGACAGCUGUGGGGAGAUAUCUGGACGUCUUUUUGCAAAAAGUCGUCCCAUGUUUCAGCGUAAGAGACUACGAUUAGUAUAAAGCGUUUGUUAUAUAUAAUUAAAAUUACUGUAUCGAGAAUCGUAUUGUAAUCGAGAGUUAUUUUGGCAAAAGAUGAAGCGAUUUGUAAACAUA